AUGAGUACUAAUAAGCUAUCAUACGACUGCAAAACAUAUCGUUGGAGUUGGUCUUUGCUUGAAUUGAAGAGCUUUGUAGAACAACAUUUGAAGCUACAUGGCUCUUGGACGUCCCCUGGUGGCGAGGCGAAAGUCUUUCGUUCCGAGCAAUCGGACUUCUUAAUUAAAUGGUAUGGCGUAAGCUCCAAGAAGAUUGUAAUCCAAGUCGAUAAUGAAGAACACUACCUUGAGUUGUUAUUCCAAAGCCUAAUCAACACGUAUGAAAUUGACGAAAACAAUGAAAUGCAGUCUGAAGUUAUUGCUCUUGACGACUCGUGUACUGGGGAUGCAUUAGUAAUUUCAAAUACAGCGGAUAAAGCGACACAAAGUGUACACGAUGUCAAAUCUCAAGAUAACGAUCUAAAAUCUAACGAACUAGCGGUAAAAUCGACUGCAAAAGUUUGUGCAAACAAGAAUGAGCGUCUCAAUGGUUUCAAGGUAUGUUGUUAUAAUUGUACUUGUGGUAGCAACGUUACCAAAGCAGAAUUGGAGGGAAUAAAACUUGACAUGGCAGUUUUAGAGUCUCGACUGCUUGUCAGCGCCUCUCCCUUAGAGGAGAUCAAGUUAGAAAUUAAAACUUUAAAAACAAAAGAAAAUGAUAUGGAGGUUGUUAUUCGACGCCAAAAUGAGUUAAUUUGCAAAAUUAAUGAUGAAAAUAUGGUUCUCAAAUCUAAAUGA